GACAAACACCAUGAUGCUGCUCACGAAAUCAUUGAGACAAUUCGGUGGGUCUGUGAAGAAAUACCAGAUCUCAAGCUCGCUAUGGAAAACUAUGUUUUAAUUGACUAUGAUACAAAAAGCUUUGAGAGCAUGCAGAGGCUGUGUGACAAGUACAACCGAGCCAUCGACAGCAUCCAUCAGCUGUGGAAGGGAACGACACAGCCGAUGAAGCUGAACACUCGUCCCUCCAACGGGCUCCUCCGGCACAUCCUGCAGCAGGUCUACAACCACUCGGUCACUGAUCCAGAGAAGCUCAACAACUAUGAGCCCUUUUCCCCCGAGGUCUAUGGAGAAACUUCCUUUGACUUAGUGGCCCAAAUGAUUGAUGAAAUUAAAAUGACAGAGGAUGAUUUGUUCGUUGACUUGGGCAGUGGUGUGGGUCAGGUGGUGCUUCAGGUGGCUGCAGCCACAAACUGCAAACAUCACUAUGGAGUGGAGAAAGCUGAUAUUCCAGCCAAAUAUGCUGAGACCAUGGACAGAGAGUUCAGAAAAUGGAUGAAAUGGUAUGGGAAAAAACAUGCAGAAUACACACUGGAAAGAGGUGACUUCCUCUCAGAAGAAUGGAGAGAGAGAAUUGCAAACACAAGCGUUAUCUUUGUGAAUAACUUUGCCUUUGGGCCUGAGGUGGAUCACCAGCUGAAGGAGAGAUUUGCAAACAUGAAGGAAGGUGGGAGAAUUGUGUCAUCAAAACCUUUUGCACCUCUAAAUUUUAGAAUUAACAGUCGAAACUUGAGUGAUAUUGGCACUAUAAUGAGAGUUGUGGAGCUGUCCCCACUGAAAGGCUCUGUGUCCUGGACCGGGAAGCCAGUCUCCUACUACCUACACACCAUCGACCGAACCAUACUUGAAAACUAUUUUUCUAGUCUCAAAAAUCCAAAACUCAGGGAGGAACAAGAGGCAGCUAGACGUCGUCAACAAAGAGAAAACAAGAGCAACACAACUACUCCGACUAAGGUUCAAGAAAACAAGGAUUCUGGUGCUGAAGAAGAAAAAGCUGCAGCAAAUUCUGUUAAAAAGCCAUCUCCCUCCAAGGCAAGGAAGAAGAAGCUGAGUAAGAAAGGAAGGAAAAUGGCAGGCAGGAAACGAGGGCGUCCCAAGAAGAUGAACACUGCAAGUACUGAGCGCAAGACCAAGAAGAACCAAACUGCAUUAGAACUUCUGCAUGCCCAAACUGUCUCCCAGACAUCUUCAUCCUCUCCUCAGGAUGCCUACAAGUCACCUCAUAGCCCAUAUUACCAACUACCUCCUAAAGUGCAACGGCAUUCGUCAAACCAGCUGCUGGUGACACCCACCCCACCUGCACUACAGAAGCUGCUAGACUCUUUCAAGAUCCAGUACCUGCAGUUCAUGGCAUACAUGAAAACUCCUCAGUACAAAGCAAGUCUACAACAGUUACUAGAGCAGGAAAAGGAGAAGAAUGCUCAGCUCCUGGGGACAGCACAGCAGUUAUUCACUCACUGCCAGGCACAGAAAGAGGAAAUCAAACGUCUGUUUCAGCAGAAGCUUGAUGAGUUGGGAGUUAAAGCUCUGACAUACAAUGACCUGAUCCAAGCUCAGAAGGAAAUCUCUGCUCACAACCAGCAGCUGAAAGAACAGACAAAGCAGCUAGAGAAGGAUAACAGUGAACUCAGGAACCAGAGUUUACAGCUGCUUAAGGCUCGGUGUGAGGAGCUGAAGCUGGAUUGGUCAACAUUGUCACUGGAGAACUUGCUGAAGGAGAAGCAGGCCUUGAAGAAUCAGAUUUCUGAGAAGCAAAAGCACUGUUUGGAACUGCAGAUCAGCAUUGUGGAGCUUGAGAAGAGCCAGAGGCAGCAGGAGCUACUGCAGCUGAAGUCAUACACGCCGUCGGAGGAGUCCCUGUCAGUACAGCUACACAACAAAACCCAUCUGAGCCGUGACCCUGAGGCUGAUCACGGCAGGUUCCAGCUGGAGCUGGAGUGCUCCAAGUUUCCCAUGCCCCACAUGAAUGGCAUGAGCCCAGAGCUGUCCAUGAAUGGCCACGCCACUCCCUACGAAAUCCACAACGCCUUCAGCCGGCCCUCGUCCAAGCAGCACACCCCCCAGUACCCCUCUUCCCACCUGGACCAAGACAUAGUGCCCUGUACCCCCAGCCACAGCAGCAGGCAGAAGGCAGACAAGGUGACCAGCUUGUCCCUCCCUGAUUACACCAGGUUUUCCCCAGCUAAAAUAGCACUAAGGAGACACUUGAAUCAAGACCACGGAGUGAACGGAAAAGCAACGAGUCAUGAGAUACAGAGAGCUGAGCAUGUCAAAGAGAAUGGCCUUACAUAUCCAAGCCCUGGAAUUGCAAAUGGCAUAAAGCUGAGUCCUCAGGAAACUCGGCCCUCCUCCCCUGCAGCCUUACCCAGUGCAGGCGAGAAGGUUUUGAGAGAGAGAACCUCUGUGAGUAAUGGAGAAACUAUCACCAGCCUUCCUAUCAGUAUUCCUCUGAGCACAGUGCAGCCCAAUAAACUCCCUGUUAGUAUCCCUCUGGCCAGCGUAGUCCUACCUAGCCGUGUUGAGAAGGUGAGAAGCACACCUAGCCCAGUUCAUCAGAGUAGAGACUCUUCGACACUUGAAAAGCAGAUUGGUGCUAGUUCUCAUAAUGGCAUAAGCAAUGCUGCUGGAAACAAGCCUCUGGCUUUGGCUACCUCAGGACAUGUAAAACAAUCCCCUUCCAACAAGCACAGUCCUCUGCCCGCGAGCGCUCGGCUGGACUGCGGCCAAGCCCACGCACAGGAUGGGAAGAAGCGAGGCCGGAGGAAGAGAUCCUCAGCCGGGAAUCUCAGCGGGAACUCCGGGGUCUCCCCGAAGCGCAAAUCCCUCCCGACUGUCUCUGGGCUCUUUACGCAGCCGUCGGGGUCACCGCUCAAUAUCAACUCCAUG